AUGGCGGAUCUCGAUGAGGAUCUCCUCGAUCUUGCUGGAGGUGACUCUGGGGACGAGGGCUCGAUAGCCGAGAGCAGAGAGCGCUCUGUCUCACCUCCGCCCAAGAAGAAGUCGAAGAACGCGUCCGCGAAGAAGACUAAACGGCGCACCGGUGAUGAGUCGGAGGAGGAAGGCGAGGCGUCUUCUGAGCCUCGAAGUCCUGGUUCUGAUGACUCUGCGCCCAUGGAUGAGUCGGACUCUGAAGCUGAGCCAUCACGCGCGAAAAAGGACGAUGACUUCAAUGACAAGUAUCCCGUCGAGGGCAUGUUCGUGAGCCAUGCCGAGAAGGCUCAGAUUAUGGCGCUGGGCGAAUUAGAGAGAGAACAGAUCCUCAACGACCGAGCGACUGAACUCAACAAUGCGCAGGUGAACCGUCGCCUGCGCCAGAUGGCCGAGAACACGGAGCGCCAGGCCGCCCAGAAGCGCUCGGCCGAUGCUGCAGAGCUCGACGAGGGCACACGGACGGGCUCGCGACAGCGAACGGACAAGGACGAGACUGCUAUCGAGUCUUUCCGACGGGCUCGGGCCGAUAAGAAGAAGCGCAGGGAAGACCAGGAGAGACGACGGGACAAAUACUCUCCUCGAGCACAUUCGCCAGGCGCGGAGAGUGACGACAGCUACGGGCGGGCGAAGAGCCGCACUCCGGAGCCUGAUGAGACCAAGGAUCUUCCUCCACCAGAGCUACGCGAUUACGACAGGGUCAGACUAGGUCGUAACGAGUUUGCCCAAGUCUGCUUCACACCUGGAUUUGAGGCCUCUAUCAUCGGGUGCUAUAUUCGAAUUGCUCUCGGUCCACACCCUGAGACCGGCAUUGACCAAUAUCGCAUGGCUCUCAUCAAGGGAUUUACAACUAGCCGGCCCUAUGCGCUGUCGGGGCCAAAUGGCUCUUUUGUGACGGAUCAAUACGUCAAGGCCGCCCACGGCAAGUCUUCUAAGGAAUUUCCCUUUAUUGCAGCCUCAAGCGGGAAGUUUACAGAGGCCGAGGUCAGCCGCUAUCAAGUUACGUGCCAUAACGACGGAGUGACACUGCCCACAAAGGCGUUUCUCUCUGACAAGGUUGAUGACAUCAACAACCUGAUCAACCACAAGUGGACAAAUGAGGAAAUCAAAGCGCGUCUGGCUCGAAAGAAUGAGCUGAUGAAGCGCUUUGACCCAUCCGAGCGCGAGCGAGUAUCUCGCCUUUUGGAGGAAGCCAGAGAGAGGGGAGAUGACAACAAGGCCGAGGAGCUGCAAGAGCAGCUCGAUAAGCUGGGCUCACAGCGCCUGGCAUUUAGGACAAGCCUCGGGGCGAACAAGAACUCUGCGUCUAAGAAGCAGACGGAGCAAGAUCGUCUGGCCGAGCGAAAUCGCGAAAACCGCCGUCUCAACGCCGAGGCUGUGCGCAAGGCUCAGCUCAAGGAGAUGGCACGGACCCGUGAGAUCGAGCAGGCCAUAUCGCGCGGUGAGCUGGUCGAGGACGACCCGUCCCGACGUGUCAAGACGAAGGCCAAGUUCGUGCACGACGUCAACGAGAAGUCCGCCAAGAAGGAUGCGGCCGACGCUGCUGCCGCAAGCGCAGCCGCCAACGGGACGCCCAAGGGCAACACCACCAAGUCGAUGCCGUCUCAUCUGGCGAAGCUCCAAGAAGAGAGCUUCUCGGAGAAGAAAGGGCUGCCGGGAAUCCACAAGCCCCUGAUGGACGACGAUGUCAUCGGAUCGCUCGACCUGGACAUCGACGUGGAAAUUUAA